GGAGACAACGUAGAUACCUGACCCUGUAGAGAGUGGGGAAGAGAAAACUGCACUAAGAUCACACACAGUCAGUCAGAUAGCGAAGGCUGAGAGCUUUUUUUAGUGUGGCUACACAUUUGUGUAGUGUUUUUUAUAAAAAUAAAAAUAAAUGAUAUAAUAGUAAGCUGUAUGUGUAGGGAGGCAGUGUUGGACAUUUGUUGAGAUAAAGACUGUUGCUGUUGGAAACGAUGGCUUUAUCUGGACCAUGCUUCCAGGGGGGUUUGGAGGCUCUAUGGAGGCAAGAUGAAGAAUUUAGGGGGGAUAAGCACAAUAUAGAUCGAGAUGGAGAAGAGUGUGCAGGAGAAGUGAAAGAGAAGGAUUGUGGGGAUCAGGUGAACACAGAAGAAGAAGAUAAAGAUGAUGAAGCAUUUAGAAGGGAGGAAAACAGUCAAAUACAUCUAAAGAGGGAGACAACUGAAGAAGAGGAGGAUGAGCUUCAAGAAGUGAAAAAAGAGUGGACAGCUGUUGGGGGGCAGAAAGGUGGAAUAGAGGAUGUGGAUUCAAUAAGGGUAUAUGGCAGAGACUCCUAUACAAGAGACAUGUUCCAAACCCUGCAGCAGCUCAGGGACUCCUCUCUCCUCACUGACCUGACUCUGAGCACUGAGGAUGGGCAGCGUCUCCACGCUCACUCCCCUGUCCUGGCUGCUGUGAGCACCCUUGUCCACCAGAGACUGCAAGAGAGGGAUGAGGAGAACGAGAGGAGAGAUGUUGACAUGUAUAUACAGACAGAGAUAUCCAUCAGUCUGGGUCCUGAGGUGGGGCUUGUGGGGCUGGCAGGGGUGCUGGAGUUUGCCUAUACUGGGGCCUUAGCAGUUCUGAACAGACACACACUGGCCCAGAUACAGGCUGCAGCUACAACACUAGGGAUCCCCAGAGUUCUACAACUCUGCAGUGAAGAGGAGGAGAAGAUGAAGAAGGGAGUAGAGACGAGGGCAGAAGAGAAGAAGAUCUCUGCUGAAAAACAGAUGAAGGUCAGUCUUCAGUCCAUCAGACAACUGUGGACAGAGAGAGUGGGCUGUGAUGUAGAGCUGGAGGUUGGUGGGGCAUCAUUUCAUGUCCACAGAGUGCUCUUGUCUGCCAGUUGUGACUACUUCAGGGGAAUGUUCACCAGCGGGAUGAAGGAAUCCCAGCAGGCCUGUGUGGCUCUUCCCUUCCUGGAGGCCUCAGAGCUGGAGGCCCUGAUUGGCUACUCCUACAGCGGGUCCCUCCCCCUCAGCUGGGGGUGUGUCUUUGAGAUCACCUGCAUUGCAUUCCAGCUCCAGUUCCAGCCCGCCCUCUUGCUGUGCCUCGACUUCCUGAAACAAGAAAUGGACGCCCACUCCUGCCUGGAUGUGGCGUCUUUCGCUGAGGCUUAUGGCAUAAAGGAACUCCUUGAAGAGGCCAACGACUUUGUCCUGAGACACUUCCAAAAUGUGGCAGCCACCCCUAAGUUUCAGGACCUGCCAGUCAAGAAGCUUAGAAAAUACCUGAAAAGCAACUCCCUCUUUGUGCCCUCUGAGCUUGUGGUCUUCAAGGCAGUGGUGGUCUGGAUCGAGGCCUGUCCCAGCGAAAGGCUUAAACUCACCAAAGAGCUGAUGAAGAACGUCCACUUUCCUCUCAUGACAUUCAAGGAGUUCGGUGAAGUUAAAACCGCAAAACUGUGGACUGAAUGCAACAUAAAACGUCUCUAUCAGACUAUGCUGGAGGACUUUCGCUCUUAUCACGUUGCAUCUGAGACCCUGUGCAGGAUCUACCUACCAAAGGACAGCCUAGUCUUGGUGGGUGGAGACCAGAUCUCUGCCGACUUUAUCCGGCGAACCCCUAGUCGAGAACUGUGGUUUGGGAACUCUCUGAGGAACUACACAGGCGUUGUGAAGACAGUUGAGUGGAGGUUGCUGGGAGAGAUGCCAAAUCCACCAAGGUUAAGUCACGAGUUGGCUGUUGUCGCAGGGAAGUUGUACGUGCUCGGGGGACAGAGUUAUAAAGGCAUGCUUGGCGUUCUAAACUCGGUCUACAGAUAUGAUCCGCUUCAGAACCGCUGGGAGAGAUUGGCCAACUUGCAGGAGAAAAGGUGUCAUUUUUCUGUGGUUGUUCUGGAUGAGAUGAUAUAUGCCAUUGGAGGGUACGUUGAUCCAGAAACGAACCUGGAUAGUGUGGAGCGCUACUGUCCAAAUACAGAUUCCUGGAGCUUUGCCAAACCCUUGGAUAUGACCUUGAGUUGCCAUGCUGCCACACUGUUGGAUGGAGAGGUCUUCAUCUCAGGGGGGUUCGACUGCAAGUACCACUGUCUGGUGUCCAUGUUCCUGUACCAUCCUGAGAGAGGAACUACCUACCUGGCAGAGAUGAGCCAACCUCGAGCCCAUCACUGCAUGGAGACUUUAAACAACCAUCUUUAUGUGGCCGGAGGAGUCACUGUUGAUGAAAACAUGAUGUCUAUUGACCAGCUGGCCUGUGAGGUCUACGACCCUGUUAGUGACUCCUGGAGCGCCCUCACGCCCCUGGCCGUCUCCCAUGUUGGAGCAGCCUCUGUGGUUCUGGAGGGGAUGCUCUAUGUGCUGGGAGGAUACUGCCAAGAGGACUACAGGGAGACCAGACUGGUGCAUCGCUAUGAUCCCACCAUCCAACUAUGGGAGAAUAUCGGCGAGAUACCCGGACCUAACACUGACAUAAGAGCCUGUUUGCUCCACCUGCCCAAACACUUGAGACAAUGAAACAUCACUAUACAUCCCAUAACACCACACAAAAUAAUAUUCCAUUACAUGACCCACACCUUACUCCACCAGUAUUCUUAACUUAAAGUACACCAGUAUUCUUAACUUCAGUAACUUAAACAUGUUUAUUUCUCUCCAUGUGCAGGCUAUAAGUGAAGUACUAACAAAACAGGAAGGUUAUUACAAUUUCAGGGUGGCUUCAUGUGUUCCUGGGAAAUGAGAAACUGGGAAGUCAUACCUCUGACAUGAAUGUGUUCACUUGACUUUGAACGGGGACAAAUUAUUUUACCAAUAAUAUUUUAGCUAGCUUGAUAAACUAGCUAAAAUUGCUAAUAAUAAAGUUAGCUAACUUGCUUAACAUUGACAUAUAUUAAACUAGCUACAUUUGCCAACAUUUGUCCAAAAUCGUUUAAAAUCGUUUGAUCUACAGCAUGGUCUCAUUCGAUUUAACAAACAAAGCAUCAAGGUAAUGAAUUCAUGUUUUUGUGCCUCAGAUUGGAAACCUAGUGUGCGCAAUUGUAUAGGAUAGACUAUUGCUCAACACCCAACGCUCUUCCCGAUCAAGGCUACAAUAUGUAACUGUAUGGGCAACCAGAUUAAAUUCACAUAGAAAUGGGAGUUAUAGAUCUGUCAUUGUCAUUGAAAACAAGUCCAAGAAAAAAGUACAAAAAAUGUAUGAAUUCACUACUGUAAAUCCCUCUGGAUAAGAGCUUCUGCUCUGUUGUAUGUGUUUAAUUUGGAUUUAGCCUAUUUUACAUUCAGUAUUGUACACCAGCUUCAAACAGCUGAACCUCCCCUCCCCUCCCAUGGAGCCGAUGUUCUGGAUGCAAUCAUCAGAAGAACGAAAGAUUACAUACAGUUUUCAUACACCACCGCACAACAGGUCAAGAGGGGUUUCUUUGCCAACAAUGGGUUCCCAGAUACAAACGAGCCAAUGAUAAGUUAUGUGAUGCGCAAAAUAUGCGGCUGACUGUGGUGGCAAGGUAGCCAGGUGGAAUGCACAACUCGUUCAUUCUGCAGAACAGCAUUGUUAGCCUAUACGUUAGCCUACACGCCUACAGGAGUGAGCUGUUGAGGAUGGAUGGCUUAUUGGUGAGUGUUGCCUACUCAUUUGAAGUAUAUUUGCCAUUGCUAAAGCAAAUUGAAUUGUCUUAUUGGUCCUCUCUUUGUCUCUAUGUUUGAAUUUUUACUGGUCAAGCCACAACUGAGCGUGCCAAAUAAAUGCUGUACUCAAUCUCCGACACGA